CGGUUCCGGCGUUAUAUCUGGUUUUCGUAGGGAUAUGCCUUAAUUAAGAAAGGCGUCUUUUUCUUCAUAAUAUUAAUUUGCACAAUAUAUAUUUAUUAAAAUUUUUAAAAAAAAUAAUUUAUAUCCAAAAUUUGGAUUAGAUUUAGCAAUGUAUCUCGUUAACGCAUAUUAGAUGAUCAUUUUCUUAAUAUUAUUUGCGCACGUGAAAUCCCCUUCGUUUCGACUACAAAUGGCCAGAAGAAGAGGAGAAACUGCCGAUUGGAGUUGCCCUCCUCUCUUUGGUGGCUUGGCUGAUGGUGCAAGGGAAUUGAACCGGAAGAAAAGGCAAGGAACAAUCAUAGCUUCAACUAGAAUCAGAUUCCGCCACACCAAACUGGAACUUCAUAAAGGAUGACCCUAAAGAGAGGCUCAGGCAAAAGGGAAUUCUUUCCUUAAUUAUUCCCUCAACUUUAAUAAAUCAUUGUCCCGUCUUUAUGGGUUAUGGCGACCCUUUCCAUAGUUCAUCCCAACUCCAUACUGUGCGAAACACCCCUCUGCGAUGUCACAGAAGGCAGUUCUAUUGCAUGACGAUGAGAAUGAACAUCGACUGCGAUGGCUGCUAUCGUAAGAUCCGUAGAGCUCUUCUUCAAAUACAAGAUUUGGAGAGCCAUUUAAUCGAGAAGAAGCAGAGCAGGGUGAGCGUGCGCGGGGUGUUCAUCCCGCAGGAAAUUGCGAUAAGGAUAAGACAGAAGACUAAUCGGCGAGUCGAGAUAUUGGAGAUCAAGGAAAUGGAUGUUAGCCAUGAGAUCAGCAGUAGUACUACUGUAGCCCAGAGGCCCCCUCAAGUUAAUUAGCCAUUCUCGGUGUAUUAAUUAUUUAUAAUUAAGAAGAUUGUCUAUCUUCUGAACUA